AUGGCGGACAAGGCAGUCACUAUCAGAACCAGGAAGUUCAUGACUAACAGGCUUCUCUCAAGGAAGCAAUUUGUCAUUGAUGUUCUUCAUCCAGGAAGGGCUAAUGUCUCAAAGGCCGAACUCAAAGAGAAGCUGGCAAGAAUCUAUGAUGUGAAGGACCCAAACACCGUUUUUGUGUUCAAGUUCAGAACUCAUUUUGGAGGAGGCAAGUCAACUGGUUUUGGUUUGAUCUACGAUUCUGUUGAGAAUGCUAAGAAGUACGAGCCAAAAUACAGACUUAUCAGGAAUGGACUUGAUACUAAGGUUGAGAAGUCAAGGAAGCAAAUGAAGGAGAGAAAGAACAGAGCCAAGAAGAUUCGUGGAGUAAAGAAGACCAAGGCUGGUGAUGCUGCCAAGGCUGGAAAGAAGAAAUAA